AUGUCAGCAAUGGAUAUAGACUCAUCAGAUGUCUCCACCGUUCUAGCCACAAUCAGACUGGAACUAGAUUCCAACUCUGAACUAGUAUCAUUAUUCUAUCAAUUGGAAGACUACUACGAACGGAAAUUAUGGCAUCAAUUAACGCAACAAUUGGACGAGUUUUACGGCAACUUUGACCAAGACCAAAUCCCACAGGACUUGAAACAUAAGGUAUACACUCAAUUCAUCCAGCAGUUUGCCAUGAAGUUGAACUUGAUCAAAGUUGUUGAUUUCUUAAUUGGGUCCCAGUUUAGUGAUGAAACCACCUUGGACAAAUUGAACAGCUUGAGACUGGAGUACAUCAAGUACCUCAAACGCGAACACAACUUCAAAGAUAAUGAAGAUGGGUCACAGGAUCCGGAAUUCACCAAACUCUUGACCAAUGAUGAAUCUUUAAUCUAUAUUGAUUUGCAAAUCAGUCGUUUUUACUUGUUAUUGAAGAAUUUCGAACAAUGCGAAGUGACAAUGAGCAAGAUUGAACCAAAGUUUGAAAACUUGAAUAAUGACUUGAGUGCAAAGAUUAAUGCCGCUUAUUACCAAACCAAGUCAUUGGAGUACAAAUUACACGAAAACUAUAAUGCAUAUUACGCCAAUGGAUUAUUGUUUCUUUCAUCAGUCCCCUCAUUGACAUCUGCCGAAAAAGUUCAAUUAUGCUACGAUUUAUGCAUUGCUGCAUUGUUGGGUGACAAAGUGUACAAUUUCGGUGAGUUGAUCUUGCAUGAUAUCUUGCAAGAGAUAGCCAGUCAAGAAUCACCAUAUAAUUGGCUAUACAACCUCAUACAAGCCUUGAAUGCUGGGGAUUUAUCAAGUUUCAACCGUUGGUUAUCGGUUGCAUUCACUAAAUCACCGCAAUUACAACUGCACCAAGUGUUUAUCAAGCAAAAGAUUAUCAUAAUGGCAUUGCUAGAAUUGAUUUCAACAAAGUCAACAACCAACAAACGUAUCAGUUUCAAAGAAAUUAGCGAGUUUACCGGUACGCCAUUGAAUGAUGUUGAGCAUUUGAUCAUAAAGUGCUUCUCAUUGAAGUUGAUUCAGGGUUACAUUAACCAGAUCGAUGAGAUUUUGGUCAUUACGUGGUUACAGCCCAGAAUAUUGAAUUUGAAGCAGGUGCACAACUUGUAUACUCAUUUGGUUGAUUGGGACCAUAAAGUUGAACAAUUGGGUAAUCUUGUGUACGAAAGUGGAGGAACUGUUUGGGCAGGUAUAUAA